UAUAAGCUCUUUUUGUAGGGUCAUCCAUAGUUUGGGAACUUCAGUUGCCUUUUUGCCUGCUAGCUUUUCAGGAUUUUAUCAAGAAACAAAAAUGGAGGAGAAUCUUCCUCCAGGGUUUAGAUUCCAUCCCACAGAUGAAGAACUCAUCACUUAUUAUCUUUCCCACAAGGUCUCAAAUAUCAGCUUCACGUCCAAAGCUAUUGUUGAUGUUGAUCUGAAUAAAUGUGAACCUUGGGAUCUUCCAGCCAAGGCGUCCAUGGGGGAGAAAGAAUGGUACUUCUUCAAUUUGAGAGACCGAAAAUACCCAACUGGAGUUCGAACCAACCGAGCUACUGAAGCAGGGUAUUGGAAAACCACAGGCAAAGACAAGGAAAUCUUCCGGGGUGGCAUUCUUGUUGGGAUGAAGAAAACCCUAGUUUUCUACAAGGGAAGAGCUCCCAAGGGCGUAAAAAGUAAUUGGGUCAUGCAUGAAUAUAGGCUUCAAAACAAACAUUCUUUCAAAGCCACAAAGGAGGAAUGGGUGGUAUGUAGGGUAUUCCAAAAGAGUGCAGUAGUGAAGAAACCACAGCCAACCUCAUCCUCACAGCCAUCUCUUGGAUCUCCAUGUGACACAAAUUCAAUUGUGAAUGAGUUUGGAGACAUUUUGCUACCAAACUUGAACAUUAAUGCCAAUCCAUCAAGUGGGUUCAGUAACAUUGCAACGCCAAGUUAUAGUAAUACUGUUAAUCAUGGUCAAAUGAACAUGAUGAACUUAAACCUGGAUCUUGCAGCAGCAAGAGAUCAAGUAGCAGCCAACCUUCCAUCAUCCCUGACAUGGCCUUCUAGCAUUCUAAGCCCUAAUCUUCCCAUGAAUUCCUUUCUCCUUAAAGCAUUGCAGCUUAGGAAUUAUCAACCAAGAGAUGUUACAGCUAUGGGUUAUUCCCUUCUGUCGUCCUCGCAAGGGAUUAAUUCUCAAACCAGAACAGGUUUAAGUUCAAAUUUCCAUGGCCCAGCUUCUUCUUCCAGGGUUUCAGAUCUGAUGCUACAACAACAACAGGAGCAGCCAUUCAAUAUGGACUCUAUUUGGUGAAGCUACAAUACCAACAUGUCUAAAGUGUGAAAAAACUAACACCUUGUAUACUCAACAUUCCAUGACUUGAAAGGGUUAAUUAAGAU